AUGUCUUCAGAAACCUCCAUCCAAAAAGUCACCCUCGUCGGCGCCUCCGGCAACCUAGGCCACGUCCUCCUCUCUCACCUGCUCAACACAAACCUCCACACCACAAUCCUCCAACGCGCCUCCUCCAAAUCCACCUACCCCUCCCAUCCCAACCUGACCAUCACCACCGUCGAUUCCUGGUCUCUCCCGGACCUCACCGGUGCUCUCCGAGGUCAACACGCCGUAAUCGCCGCCUUCCCCCUCCGCGACCUGCACGCCCACCUCGUCCUAGCCGAAGCCGCCUACGCCUCUGAGACCGUAACGCGCUUCAUCCCAGCCGACUAUGGUAGCGUAGACGCGCGCAGCGCCAGAGCAAGGGAGCUGGUGCCUUUGUUUGGCAAAAAGGUGGAGGUGAGGGAGUUGUUGGAGAAGUUGUCGGAAAACAGCAGCGGCCGUUUCAGCUGGACUUCUUUGGUGAAUGGCCACUUUUUCGACUGGGGACUUACCAAUGGUUUUCUUCACUUCUAUCCUUUCGAAAACCCGACGCCGAGGGCACAUAUCCUUGGUUCUGGAGACGAAAAGUCUAGCCAGGCGACGUUGGGGCAGGUGUCAAAGGCGGUGGUGAGGAUUUUGACGGGUGAUGAGGAUCUUCUGGAGAAGACGAGGAACAAGGUUUUGAUGCUGCAGAGUUUCCUGGUAUCGCAGAAUGAGGUUGUUGAUGUCCUGGAAAAAGUGACGGGAAAGAAGUACAAGAGGGAGUAUGUCGAUGCGGAGGAGUAUAUCAGGGAGAGAAAGAAGGUGGCGGAUGAAGGCGGGGAGGGAGCCGCGGAGGCGAUUGAGGAUUUGGUGUUUGCGCUGGGGGUGGUGGAGGGGGAUUGGACGAGGAAGGAGGAGUUUUCGAUGGAGUUGUUGGGGUUGGAGGAGGAGGACUUGAAGAAGGUGGUUAAGAAAGCGCUCCAAGAGAGUGAGGAGGGGAGGAAGUUGUUGGCUGGGGCUGGGGCUGGUAACUAA